CUGUCCCGAGCCGGGGAACUCGAUUGCAAGCGGGAAGCAUGGUCGGAGGGAGCGGCAAGCUGAGUUGCGAGGAGGCGGCGGCGGCGCGCCAGGAUGGAGCCAUCUGAUGGCUGGGAUCCCUACGGCCGCCCGGCCCGCCGGACCCAGUGGCUGGUCAGCGCCCUGGCAUACCACUACGGGCUGGACCGGGGCGUGGAGAACGAAAUCGUGGUGCUGGCCACGGGCUUGGACCAGUACUUGCAAGAGAUCUUCCAUCACCUGGACUGCGAGGCCGAAGGCAGGAUCCCCGGCGAGGACUUCCGCACCCUGUGCGGGGUGCUGGGGCUGCAGGCGGACGGCGGCGAAGAGGCGGCCGCCGACCCGGAGGAAUGUGCCGGCCUCUGCGAGGACGUCGCCUCGGAGCUGACUUUCCGGCAGUUCCACGCCAAGCUGUGCGGCUACUUCAGCGCCAAGGCCGGCUGCCCCGCGACGGGCCGGGGCGUCGCGGGGGUGGCGCGGCUGCCGGCCGGCAAGGAGAGCGAGCACAUCGAGACCCAGAUCCGGCUCCGCAGCCCGCUGCGCCGUCGCCGGGAGAAGGAGGCGGGGGCUGGGCGCGGGCCGUCGAACAAGAAAGAGGGCGGCCGUCGGAGCAGCAGCAGCAGCAACAACGCGAGGGGGUCUGGUUCCACUUCGUGCACCUCCUCGCCGUCGUCCUCGUCGUCCUCUCCGCCACCUUCUCCCCCCGGGCCCGGCUCGGAUCGUCGGCUCGUGCCGUCGGGCUCGUGCUCCCGGGAGUGCUACGAGGAGAUCGUGGCCCUGGAGCAGGCGGAGGACCGCAUCGUCAAGCUCGAGGACGAGAACGCCAGCCUGCGCGAGCUGGUGGAGGACAUGAGGGCGGCUCUGCAAAGCAGCGACGCCCGGUGCUUGGCGCUGCAGGUAGGAUUGUGGAAGAGCCAUGCUAACCAUAAGAAUAAUGGGACCUGUUUUAUAAGCAACCGGAGACAAUUAGCUAAUGGUCAGUCCCAGACUUCCAAGUGCCUUCAAAGUGUUCUAAAGGAGGUUGAAUUAAUCCGGAGUUCUAGGGAUGGACAAAUUGAAGAAGCAAUUAGGUUCAACCAAGAACUGGAAAAAGAACUGAGGAAUUCUCACGAAGCUCUGGUUGCCCUGGAAGACUGCAACCGCAGUCUAAAGAGAGAGCAAGCAGAAAUGAGGAAAAAGGUUGAAGAAGCACGGUAUGCUGUCCUUAACAGCCUUGGAAAAGUAAAGGAACUCGAAGCUAAAGCCCAUAAAUUGCCACAGCUGCAGAUAUAUAUUCAGCAGCUAGAAUCAGAGCUACAAUAUUAUAGGUUGGAAGUCCUGAAGCACCAUCUACCUUCACAAGGCAGCUCGGACCAGAAGACAGCAGUGGCUGGUGGCCAAUAUGCCUCAUCAGUUGUACAGCGAGAUAGAAGUUCACCCACUGGAGGUGCAGGGACGUCAGAGAAUGGGGAAGAACAAAUGUUUCGUUCUGUGGAAGGCCAGGCUGCUUCUGAUGAAGAAGAGGAGAAAUGGUCAGGGGAACAGCAAUCCCAGGUGGCCGAAGUGAAGAAACUCCUAGCUAGACUUCCCUGUUGCAGUAGCGGAUGUGAUGACACAAUUCUGAAGAAGCUGAUGGCCUCCUUUGGGAACAUCAAAAAGGACGACCGUGAGAACACCAUUGUGGAACUAGUUAAGCGACUCUCAAAGUUAACAGAACAGCUUGAGAUAAAAGGGCAAGACGUGAAAACACUGGGAACAAAUAUGGAAGAGAUGAAAGGCCCAUUGCUAGGGGAACUACAGCAGAAGGUGGAGGAGACUGAAUUGCUGAAGAUGGAGAUGCAGAUGUUGGAGACAGAGAGAGUAAGGCUGUCCCUGGUGGAAGAAAAGCUCUUGGAUGUUUUGCAGCUGUUUCAGCAACUUCGGGACCUGAACAUAUCUAAGCGAGCCUUGGGGAAAAUCUUACUGAGCACUUUGGAAUCCUGCUGUGACCCAGAACAUGGAAAACCACAUAUCAUUGAAGUCUUAGAUACCCUCUACCAUGAACUGAUUGCCUGUGAACUCAUUCAAAGCAAACCGCUUGAGAAAACUCCAGGUCACCAAUCCUUGGCUAACUCUUUGGUUAUCUCCUGUUGAGCAACAGUGCCACCCACAAUGCAUUGUGAUUGUUACCACCCAGAGGGCUUAAAAGCUACAACACCAAAGCACAAAGUUCUCCACAAUCUAUAAAAGCUGGAAUAAAAAAAGACAAUUGCCAAAAUAUGAGGAGUCAUUACAGAGCCCAUGCACUGUCAGCAGUGACUUGCAGUGAGUCUUGAACAUAUCUCUGGCGUCUGUGGCGUGUGUCUUUCUCAGACCAUGAGCCCUGCUCCACAGGAAAUUCCAGAAAUUCAAACUUGAGACCUUAUCUGUAUACAACCUGUGUUCUGCCGCUUGUUCAUUCUCUCGCUUUGAAUUGUGAAAUUGGGUAUGAUACUUCUGGGAAGUUCUGUAAUCUCUCAUCUAAUUUCUAAGCAAGCCUUAUCCAGGAGACUGCUUCCUGCUCCCAAGGAUAAGUGGCACCUAAAGCCUUCAUGUUAUUGGUACCAGAAAUAUUCUGAUCCAUUGUAUUAAAAUUAUCCUGUUACUAACCCUGUAGAGCUUUAGCUUCCUGGUUAUGAUAAGAGAGAUUAAUGUUAUCUGCUACAUUUCAGUAGUUUGUCUUCCCUGGAGCAUCUAACAGGUGUAUGUGUCAGGGAACCUUUGUAAUGUACAAAGGGAAAAUGAGUGUAUAAUGAAAACACACCAAGGUCGCUAAACCUGAGGUAGCUAUAGGUUGCUAUCACCACCUAUAGUUAUGAGGGACUAUGUGUCCUGCAAAGGGCAUACAUUUGUAUGGUGUCAGUAUGCAUGCUUGUAAACACAAACCUUAUUUAAUUCUUAUAGUUAUGUCUGUAUUUCUGUCCAGCCAGAUAUUUCAUUAAAAAUGGUAGCCACUCUACAAAUGUAGUUUUGCUUUGAUAGUAGCUUUUUCACUACUGUCGUAUUGCAAAUUUUAGAUUGCUAUAUUAAAUGCUACCUUUAUCCUUUUGAAA